AUGGGACAGGGGCUCUACCAGUCCCCGGAACCCCCAUCCCAUCCCCGCCGAGCCGCAAGUGGAACUCCCAGCGUCGAGACGCCUCUUGCCCGGGGCAGCUGGACCACCGGACCCCCAGGAACCCCCAUCCCAUCCCCGCCGAGCCGCAAGUGGAACUCCCAGCGUCGAGACGCCUCUUGCCCGGGGCAGCUGGACCACCGGACCCCCAGGAACCCCCGCCGCUGCCUCCCGUCGCUCCAGCCCCGCGGCUGGCACAAGCCCAAGGGCCAGCGGACGGAGGAAGAGGCGGAUCCCGGGGAAAGCAGCCCCCGCGCUGCCCCGGGCAGGACAGGGGGAGUCGGGCGCAGUCCCACCGACCUGCCAGCCGCCCCCGCUGUGUCCUCCGGCCGCCGGGGCAUCGCCGGCACCUCCCGCGCCCUCCCGGCACGGCCCAGGUUUCCUCUUAGGUCAUUUCCUCGCCCGAGCCGGGGGAGGGCCGGGCCGGGCCGGGCCGGGCGGGGAGAGCGGCGGCAGCUGCGGCAGCGCCACCGCCUGCGAGCGCCGGGGCACGGCGGGCUGUGCGCUGGGUACGGCCGGCUGCUCCUCGGGAAACUCCCGGGCUCCCCUAGGCACGGCCGGCUGCUCCCCCGACACCCUCCCGGGCACGGCCGCUGCUUUUCCGACUCUCCCGCCGAGGGAUCGCAGGCAGCACUCACCCCUCUGCCCCCCGGUCCCCCGCGGGGCUGUCCCAGCGCUCUACGGGUGACAACGGCGUGA